CCUGAGUCUCGUGGUUUGGGUCGCCACUCACUUGUGGCACUUGCCACGCAGUUCUUGUGGCACUCUCCGACCGAGGGCGGCCAGACGGCGGAGAUGGAGCCGAACCGCAGCCUCCUCAUUGUCCCUUGUGCCGUCAAGUGCUGAAACGAGGACCAAUUGAGGCUCGAGAGGGACGAUCGCGCUUCGGCAAAGCGAGCUGAAUUUGGACCGAAUGUUGUGAAUCCUCGACGCGGGACGCCCUCGAUCGCGACUUCCGUGGACUAAAACGUCAUUCGUGCAAUCUUCGUGCCCGGUUGGAGGCGUCUCGUGCACCUUGAAGCUUCUCGGCCUAGCUUAGCAUAGCCUAGCUUAGCUUGCUAAGAAAGAGACGCGUUUGUGAACAACACUUCGCUAAGCAGAGAUCAAGCGUGAGGGAAAGUGUUCUUCUUUCCGUCACCUACGAGUAAGGAGUGGGGACCACAUGAUCUCAUACUCACACGAAAAAAAGGAGACAAAUUCCUUGUGUGUUUUGGACAUACUUGGCAAAUAAAGAUGAUUCUGAUUAUUCUGUCAGCUUUGUUCGUCUGAGAUAAUAUAUUGUAACGAUUCUUUUCUGAAUCGUUAUUAUUUGUUAUCUUAAACUGGAUUCUGAAUACCAUCCAUCCAUUGUCUGAGCCGCUUCUCCUCACGCGGGUCGCGGGCGUGCCGGAGCCCAUCCCGGCUGUCAUCGGGCAGGAGGCGGGGUACGCCCUCAACUGGUCGCCAGCCAAUCGCAGGGCACAUACAAACAAACACGCAACCAUUCGCACUCACAUUCACACCGACGGGCAAUUUAGAGUCCCCAAUUCAUGCAGAUUCUGAACCCCUUUGUAGAAUAAUGUUUCAACACACAUUUAUCUCCUCAAGUCUUCUUUCUCUGAUCUCUUCCAAUGCAUCAUUCCAUCUUCUACUCUUUCCUCUUGUUGACAGUAAUCACAUGGACCACUUUGGCGCUUUGCCAUUUGAACUAACGUACUGUUUAAGCCACAAUGUCCAAGUCUGGAUCUCGAUUGCGUUGCUUCACAUUUGUGAUUUUCACUUUCACUUUUCUCAUCCCUCCAACGUAGAGCGGAAAGUGUUGCGAUCCAUCCAUCCAUCCAUCCAUCCAUUUUCUGAGCCGCUUCUCCUCGCAAGGGUCGUCGUGUGAAAAUGUGUGCAACGAGGACGCCGGAGUACGACGAGGAGGAGGAACUUUGUGGCCCAAAAGAGGAGAAGGAGCCACGUCUUCAACUUCUGCAGCCUCGCACUGCGCUACGCGGAGCAGACAUCACCGAGCAUCUUCGUACUGAGCGGCAGGAGCCAGAGCCCCCUCGCAUGAAAGAGGAAGAGGAGCCCAUUUCGAUUAAAAAAGAGGAGGAAGAAGCGUGCCCCCACAUCAAACAGGAAGAGGAGGAGGAGGAGGAGGAUAUCACCAAGUUUUCCUCGACUGGUGUCCCUUUGAAGAGUGAAGAUGAAGGUCAAAGUGAGGAGAGCAGAGGGGCGGAGCCUCUAAGCGCAAGUCAACACAUGACAACAGAAGGUGAUGGAGACCACCGUGGAGGAUCACAAGCAGACGGCCUCUUGGCUCCGCUGUCAGAUAGUGACGACAUGGCGUCGCACUCUCCUCACACUGAUGAUGAUGAUGAUGAUGAUGAUGAUGAUAAACAGUCUGAAGGUGAUCUGACAUGUCACACUGACAACAAACGAUGGAAAUGUUCUCAGUGUGGGAAAACUUUUGCUGAUAAGAGCAGUUUGAAACAACACGUAAGAACCCACACUGGAGAAAAACCUUUUUCCUGCACAGUUUGUGCUCAAAGAUUCACUCAGAAGGGACACUUAAAAAUGCACACAAGAACGCACACUGGUGAGAAACCUUUUGUCUGCUUAGUUUGUGGUAAACGAUUCACUCAGAAGGGAGAUUUAAAAAUACAUACAAGAACCCACACUGGUGAGAAACCUUUUUCCUGCUCAGUUUGUGGUCAAAGGUUCACUCAGAAGGGACACUUAAAAAAACACAUAAGAACCCACACCGGUGAGAAACCUUUUUCCUGCACAGUUUGUGCUCAAAGAUUCACUCAGAAGGGAGAUUUAAAAAUACACACAAGAACACACACUGGUGAGAAACCGUUCUCCUGCACAGUUUGUGGUCAAAGAUUCUCUGUGAGGAAAAGUUUAAAAAUCCACACAAGAACCCACACUGGUGAGAAACCGUUCUCCUGCUCAGUUUGUGGUCAAAGAUUCUCUGAGAAGAAAAGUUUAAAAUUACACACAAGAACACACACCGGUGAGAAACCUUUUUCCUGCUCAGUUUGUGGUCAGAGAUUCGCUCUUAAGGAUCGAGUGGAGACACACAAGUGUGCUGGUGAGAAUAGCAGUGAUCAAGAAUCUUUUAAUGCAAAUGUUUAAAAAAAGUAAUGACCAUGUUACUGUAGCGAAUAUGCCCUGCCGAAUUCAAUGGCACCCAGCAACCCCCAAUCCCGGACUGGUCUGCAUUCUUCCAAGCCGCCCCGCUGUGACAGACAGCCACAAGGAUUCCUAAUUUAUCUCACACAGACGCUAAAUUUCCUACCAGCCAGACUGAAGGAACUCAUCAUCAAAGGGGAAGCACAGGACAUUGGUUUCUUCCUCUGAUGCUAAAUUAAUUAACUUUCACCCACAGCCGGUCUGAAAACUCUCCUGGGCAGAGACUAGUCUCUGCUCAACAACACGAGACCAUUUGCCCCUUUCUGGUCUGGGACAAUUGAUGGAGCCCAGUGACACCCGCAGGCGGUGGAGUGUUACCGCACCCGAUGAUUGAGAGAUAUUGAAACGUUCUCACCGAAUGCUUUAAUAUCUUGAGACCCUGGCAUGAAUGCUCCCAGUCUCUACCACCACACCAAUGUCACUAGUGAUUGUAUUUCUUUGAAUUUUAUUGUCUGAUGUCAAAUCUGCUUGUCCACGGAACCGGAUGAGACCUUUCACCCCGCCCGACACAAAUGCCACAUUGCGUAUACUAAAUGCUCUCAGCGGCCACAUGAAAUUGAAACACUCAUUCCAUGAAUUAAACCGGGUGUGCGUGAAACCGGUUUCCUUAUCUUCGAUCCAAUAAUUAAUCUUUUAUUCCCAUGGGAGUAAAACCAUGCAAUUGGCUGGCGACCAGUUCAGGGUGCACCCCGCCUCUCGCCCGAAGAUAGCUGGGAUAGGCUCCAGCACGUCCGCGACUCUCGUGAGGAUAAGCGGUUUGGAAAAUGGAGGGAUGGGAUUAAAACCACAAAUAAUCCUAUCCAUCCAUCCAUCCAUCCAUUUUCUGAGCCACUUCUCCUCACGAGGGCCGCGGGCGUGCUGGAGCCUAUCGCAGCUAUCAUCCGGCAGGAGGCGGGGUGCACCCUGAACUGGUUGCCAGCCAAUCACAGGGCACAUACAAACAGGGGUUAGGGGUGCACUUCCUCACUCUCUUUUGUGCAUAAAAGGCCGAAGCGCCUUUGUCCUCGCUCUAGCUCGUUUGUUCACCUUGCAGAAGAACCUGGAAGCCCCACCUCUCACCACGAGGUGGCGAGGACACUACAACCCUACAUCCGUAAGUGCAACUUGAAACUCUACAAUGCAAAUCAAAAGCCAUGUAUCGACAACACCCAGAAACGCCGCCGGCUUCACUGGGCCCGAGCUCAUCUAAGAUGGACUGACGCAAAGUGGAAAAGUCUUCUGUGGUCAGACGAGUCCACAUUUCAAAUAGUUUUUGGAAAUUGUGGACGUCGUGUCCUCCGGGCCAUAGAGGAACAGAACCAUCCGGACUGUUAUGGUCGCCAAGUUCAAAAGCCAGCAUCUGUGAUGGUAUAGGGCUGUGUUAGUGCCAAUGGCAUGGGUAACUUACACACCUGUGAAGGCACCAUUAAUGCUGAAAGGUACAUACAGGUUUUGGAGAAACAUAUGCUGCCAUCCAAGCAAGGUUUUUUUCAUGACGCCCUUCUGCUUAUUUCAGCAAGAAAAUGUCAAACCACAUUCCGCACGUGUUACAACAGCCUGGCUUCGUAGUAAAAGAGACUGCCCUGCCUGCAGUCCAGACCCGUCUCCCAUUGAAAGUGUGUGGCGCAUUAUGAAGGGUAAAAUACGACAACGGAGACCCCGGACUGUUGAGCAACCGAAGCUGCACAUCGAGCAAGAAUGGGAAAGAAUUCCACCUACAAAGCUUCAACAAUUCCCGAACGUUUAUUGAAUGUUGUUCACAGAACAGGUGAUGUAACUCAGUGGUAAACAUGAGCCUGUCUGUCCCAACUUUUUUGGAACGUGUUGCAGCCAUCAAAUUCUAAGUUGACGAUUAUUUGCUAAAAACAAUAAAGUGGAUCAGUUUGAACAUUAAAUAUCUUAUC